GCGGCCGUCAGUCGCCGGCAUGGCGGUGUGCGCUCGCCUCUGCGGCGUGGGCCCGUCGCGGGGAUGCCGGCGCCGCCAACAGCGCCGGGGCCCUGCCGAGACUACGGCGGCAGACAGCGAGCCGGACACGGACCCCGAGGAGGAGCGCAUCGAGGCGGGCGCGGCGACGCUGUGCGGGGUGGGGGGCGGCCGGAGCGCGGGCCCCUCGUCGCCCCCGCGCUGCUCGCUGCUGGAGCUGCCGCCCGAGCUGCUGGUGGAGAUCUUCGCCUCGCUGCCCGGCACCGACCUGCCUAACUUGGCCCAGGUCUGCACCAAGUUCCGGCGCAUCUUGCACACAGACACCAUCUGGAGGCGGCGCUGCCGGGAGGAGUACGGUGUCUGUGAAAACUUGCGGAAGCUGGAGAUCACAGGCGUGUCUUGUCGAGACGUCUAUGCGAAGCGUAUAAACCCUCGUGUGAAGUCAGGACGUUUCAUGAAAAUUCUUCCUGAUUACGAGCACAUGGAGUACAGAGAUGUUUACACCUGCCUGCUUCAUCGCUACAGACACAUCCUGGGACUGUGGCAGCCGGACAUCGGGCCGUACGGAGGACUGCUGAACGUGGUGGUGGAUGGCUUUUUCAUCAUUGGCUGGAUGUACCUGCCGCCCCACGACCCCCACGUGGAUGACCCGAUGCGGUUCAAGCCCUUGUUUAGGAUCCACCUGAUGGAGAGGAAGUCGGCCACGGUGGAGUGCAUGUACGGCCACAGGGGACCCCACAAUGGUCACAUCCAGAUCGUGAAGAAGGACGAGUUCUCCACCAAGUGCAACCAGACAGACCACCACCGAAUGUCCGGCGGGAGGCAGGAGGAAUUCCGCACGUGGCUGAGGGAAGAAUGGGGGCGGACGCUGGAGGACAUUUUCCACGAGCACAUGCAGGAGCUCAUUCUGAUGAAGUUCAUCUACACCAGUCAGUAUGACAACUGCCUGACCUACCGCCGCAUCUACCUCCCGCCCAGCCAUCCGGACGACCUCAUCAGGCCCGGCCUCUUCAAGGGCACCUACGGCAGCCACGGCCUGGAGAUCGUCAUGCUCAGCUUCCACGGGCAGCGCGCCAGGGGCACGAAGAUCACGGGAGACCCCAACAUCCCUGCCGGGCAGCAGACAGUGGAGAUUGACCUCAGGCACCGCAUCCAGCUGCCCGACGUCGAGAGCCUCCGCGACUUCGGCGAGCUCUCCCGCAUCGUCCUGGAGGUGCGUGAGCAGGUGCGCCAGGAGGAGCAGCAGGAAGAUGGGCCCGAGGAUGCGGAGGGCCGUGGCCAGCAGAGCCCCCGAGAGCCCCAGCUGGGCCCUGCCCCGCCCUGCAAGGAACCACCCGCUAAGCUGGGCGGGGAGCCUGGGGACGGAGGGGCUGCAGCCGAGGCCGAGCAGCUGGCCCAUUCGGGGCAGGGGCAGCCCUUUGUGCUGCCGGCGGGCGUGAGCUCGAGGAACGAGGACUAUCCCCGGACCUGCAGGAUGUGUUUCUACGGCACAGGGCUCAUCGCCGGCCACGGCUUCACCAGCCCCGAGCGCACCCCCGGAGUCUUCAUCCUCUUCGACGAGGAUCGUUUUGGGUUCAUCUGGCUGGAGCUGAAGUCCUUCAGCCUCUACAGCAGGGUCCAGGCCGCCUUCCGGAAUGCGGACGCCCCGUCCCCGCAGGCCUUCGAGGAGAUGCUCAAGAACAUUCAGUCCCUCACCUCCUGACGGCCCGCCUCCCGCGUCGGGCGCCGUGGCCCCGCGGCCGGGAGGGCAGCAGCAUGCGCUCCGGAGAAGGCCUCCGACCCGAGCCCCCGCCUCCUUGCCGGAGCCUCGGGGCAGCCGCCCCAGACGCUUCCGUAGAGCGUGCCGCACGCCUGCACGUUGUCAGUAGCCCUGGAGAGCUGAGCAUGUCUUAUAAAAACAAAAGAACCAGAACAAAACUGACUUAGAAGACGGUCUGCGGGGCGCGGAAAGACCGGCCGUCUCUAGAGGAGACAGAAUGCUCCUCCGGGGGGCUCCGGCUGAUGGCCGUGGUGGUGUGUGAGGUGCGCCGGCUCCCCGCCCCCAGGGAGCGAGCCGCAGGGCCUGGGCAGGUGGCAGUUGUGUGGAAUAGGAGCUCCGGCGGGGCCCACGUCUCUCCCUACUCACUUGGAUUUUUGACAAAGGCAUUUCACCCAGAUCUCAGUCUCCAAAUCAGUGAAAUGGGGCCAGUGACACAGGUCACUAGAGAACACCACUUCAAGCCUUUGAGCAUCUCGGAGGCCCUGCGAGCCCCAGGGACCCCGGUCCCCGUGGCGCUGUGUGCCUCCCCGGGCUCUCUCAGGCUUUAGAGCCCAGACCUCGGCUGCAGCCUCCAGACAGGCCUUCUCUUGGUGCGCGCCCCUGCCCUCACUGGCCGAGACCCCAGCUGCAGCCACUGGUCUCAGAACCGGGACGUCCCCGUCUGAGGUGACCUGCGUGGUUUAUGCAGGCGCCCCUCUUGGAAGGGGCGAAGCAUGGGAGGGGUUGUGCAGGCGAGUUGGACGCCCCUCUGUGGGGCAGGGGAAGCUGUGGAAGCAUCACCUGUGCGCACAGAGCCUCGCUUCAGAGACCAGGCUCUGCAGGCCUCCGGCGUGGAGGCCUGGGUGCUGACCCUUCCGCGGCGUUGUGCUCUGUGGCGUUGGCACCUGUGUUUGGGGAGCCCUCUGCGGUCUGGUCUUGGUGCCUCUUGAAGAAUGGAGCCCCAGGGGCAUGUGCACAGACCCGCUGGAGUUCCCUUCUGCUCUCUGGCCUGCAGAACUGUCACUGCACCUGCCUGCCAGGGCGUGUGGCUUCUUGGGGUGGGCCGACUCGGUCCCCCCGGUUCCUCGUCCUUGUCAGGGGGACAGCUUUGUGGUGCCUUCACGUAGAGACCGAGUGAGGUGCCCCAUGAAGUGUGUCCUGUGUCUCCUGGGAGACCUCCCCCUGGCUGGCCCUUUUCUGAAAUAACGCGCUCCCCUUGCCCUCGCUUCGGUACAUUUGGUGACUUUGGCUGCCUUUGCUGCCCAGAAUCACAGAAGCAACAGGCUUUGGGCAUGGCCUCGAAAUGGCACACUGGGCCACCCAGGAGGCCCUGUGGGUCUGCUUUGGGCAGCCGCCCCGCCCAGCACUGUCAGCGAGUCUCGUCCUGGGCGCCAAGGCUCACCUCCCGGAUCCUUCCAGCAGGACCUCAGUCAGAUGGGGACCUGGUCCCAGUUCUUGCAUCUCUCACAGGACUGAGCCUGAAUGCUUGUUACCCUCCUCCCUCUCACAGCGUGGCUGUUCUUCUCUAGUGCCAAGCGUGGCCGUCCCUGACAGUGACAGCGGGCCGCAAAGCCUUGAGGACAAUGAACACAGAGGACAGCUGGGCGCUAGGCUGUUCCUCCCUAGGUUCCACCGUUGUUUAAGUAAAGUCAGGAAAAUGCGUGUUACCCAGAGCCAAGGGGCCGCUCCCGGUGGGGCCCCCCAGCGCUGGACUGAAGAUGAGCACUUCUGAUUAAAACCUGGUCUGAAAUCUAA